AUGGCAGCUAACGGAACCAACGGCUCUGCGUCCACGCUCUCUGAGACGCCAGCGACUCCUCGUGUUCUGGAGGAGCUGCACAGCCCCAUCUUUGCGGCUCUGCACGAGGCCAAGGCCAAGAAGGGCAUGUCCUUCGAGGAUGUGGCAAAGGCGAUUGGCAGGAGCGAGGUGUACACGGCUGCGAUCUUCUAUGGUCAAGCCAAACCCCUCCCUGAAGAUCUAGAUGCACUCAGCAAAGCUCUGGAGAUCCCUUCUGGCGCUCUCACCGCCUCCCUCGGCCCCUCCUUCUGGCCUCAUCGCGCUGGCUUGAUCCAGGAGCUCCCCCCUCGCGACCCCGUAAUCUACCGUCUCUACGAGGCGGUCCUUGUGUACGGCCAUCCGAUCAAGCACCUGAUUCACGAGAAGUUCGGGGACGGUAUCAUGAGCGCCAUUGACUUCAACGGAGAAGUUGAGCGCGUACCUGACCCCAAGGGAGAUAGAGUCAGGCUGACGCUGGAAGGAAAGUAUCUGGCUUACAAGAGGUGGUGA